CUACAUGUUUCGAGCGGGAGUUCCUGCCGAUCUCCUUCCAGCCCAGAAGAGAAAUACUCAGAGCAAUAGUGGCUGCUUUGAACCAGUGCUAUAGGCCACGGUUUUUACUUCUGAUUCCAAAAGAUAACUUGUUUAUAUGAAUGAAAUGAAAUGCAUCAGAGGUGCAGGAUGGUGUUAGCCUUAUGGGACUAGAUCCCUACACCCUGCACCUUGGCGACUCUCAGCACCACUGGGUUGUCCCAGUACAUUCAGUCUCCUAUGAAUCUGCCCUUGAUGGUGGAAGUCAUUCAUGGUGACUCAGCUAGAAUUUGUCCUUCCAGUCUUCCUUAACGGCAGUUUCAAGGUCUGAGGAAGAGCAGAACCCAAGAACUGCACUCUCUGCCUGCAGACACUCUGGAGAACAGGAGAACUGGGACCAUCUGGGGAGCAACUGCCUGGAACUGAUGAUGGUGGAUGAGUUGACCAUGGACCCAAGGAUGGCAGGAGAAGCUGACUGGGGUGAAUUCCAGGAUAGCAGCCUUGAUCCCCUGCCCCUAAAAUGGUAUCAGUACCGAGCUCAUAAGGCUAUUGCACUGAAUAAUAAUAAACUUUGCAGCCAGAAUUCCUUGAGACUGCUUAAUGGACACGUUUACAGUGGUGUGGAGACUCUGGGGAAGGAGCUCUUUAUGUACUUUGGGCCAAAAGCUUUACGGAUUCAUUUUGGAAUGAAAGGCUCUCUUGCGAUUAAUCCACUUGAGUCUAAAAGUAAAAAUGGAGUUUCUCCUGUUUUUGAAGUGCAGCUCACCAAAGAUCUUAUUUGUUUCUUUGACUCAUCAGUAGAAAUCAGAAACACAGCAGAAAGCCAACAGAGAAUAAGGAUGAUGGAAGAAUUAGAUGUAUGUUCACCUAAAUUUAGUUUCUCAAGAGCAGAACGUGAAGUUAAAAAGCAGGGAGGACGAAUGCUCUGUGAUGUGUUAAUGGAUCAGAAAGUGUUGCCGGGGGUGGGGAACAUCAUCAAAAAUGAAGCUCUCUUUGAUAGUGGACUCCACCCUGCUGUUAAAGUUUGUCAGUUAACAGAUGAACAGACCCAUCACCUUGUGAAAAUGAUACAUGAUUUCAGCAUUCUUUUCUACAGGUGCUGUAAAGCAGGAUCUGCUGUCUCUAAACACUAUAAGGUUUACAAGCGUCCUAAUUGUGGUCAGUGCUUCUGCAAAAUAACUGUGUGUCGCUUAGGGGAGAAUAACAGAAUGACAUAUUUCUGUCCUCACUGUCAGAAAGAAAACCCUCAACAUGUUGACAUAUGCUUGCUACCAGCUAGAAACACUUUCGUCCCUUGGCCAUCCAGCAGGGAGAAUCAUUUCACAGACUGUGUGGCUCGGAAAUCUGAAGAGCAGUGGACGUGUGAGGUCUGUACACUAAUAAAUAAGCCAUCUUCUCAGGCAUGUGAUGCUUGCCUGUCUUCAAGGCCUGUUGAUUCAGUGCUUGAGAAUAAAGAAAAUCCAACUGCCUUGAACAACUUAGUGAAAUACCCUUGUAAUAGCUUUGGAAAACCAAGGACAGAAGUGAAGAUCAACAGGAAAACUGCAUUUGGAACUACAACCCUUGUCUUGACUGAUUUCAGUAAUAAAUCCAGUGCUUUGAAAAGAGAAGAAAGCCAAAAGCAGAUUUUAGAUGGGGAAUUUCCAAACCCUCUCUCCUCCCCGGAGAGAGCAAACUAUAUAACUCAACUAUCUAACAAAGUAAAUGUAUUACCUAUGAUCUGCACUCAGUCUAAAAUAUUUAGUCCAGCAUAUACAAAUUUAAAAACAACCCACUACUCAUCACCAGAUCACAAAACUUGCAACCCUGGAUUUUCUAACAGUGAACUUCAGAUUAAUACGACAGAUGGUCCUCAUACAUUAAAUGCUGGCAGUCCUCGCUGCAGUAAACACGGCCGCCCCUGCAUUCUCCGAGUGGUGAGGAAGGAUGGCGAAAACAAGGGCAGGCAGUUUUAUGCUUGUCCUCUACCUAGAGAAGCACAAUGUGGAUUUUUUGAGUGGGCAGAUUUGUCAUUCCCAUUCUGCAACCAUGGCAAACGCUCCAUCAUGAGAACAGUGUUGAAGAUUGGACCAAAUAAUGGAAAGAAUUUUUUUGUGUGCCCUCUUGGGAAGGAAAAACAGUGCAAUUUUUUCCAGUGGGCAGAAAAUGGGCCAGGAAUAAACAUUAUUCCAGGAUGCUAAUGUUUUCUCCUUCUGUAGAACACCUUUUAAUCCUUUCAAACUAUAAUUUUAGGUUUAUUGUAAUAUUUGAUAAUAUUUGAUAACUUUCAUUUUAGUUUGUCACCUUUCCAUUCUGUGGCUGUAUUUUUUAUUGUUGUUGUGUUUCAUCGAAUAUACAAUAUAUUCCAUUUAAAAUGUAUGUUUAAUGCAUUUAGUAAUGACAAUAAAGUAUUUUUAGCAUGU